AGUGUUUCAUUGGAUAAGAGAAUUCCGUGUACGGUGAUUGUCAGACAGAUCGAUCGAUCGAACAAAAGAGCAGAGACUUGGUGAAGAAAUUAUAGAAUGGCAAGAGUGGUGGGAAGGAAAGAUGAGAGAAUUCUGACAAGAUUGGCAGAUGAAUUCGAACAACUGGCCGCUCAACUGAAUUCUCCGGUACCGAUCCCCAUGGAAAUUGGCAAGUUCACUCAAGCCUGUCGUCUCGUUUCUCCUCUCAUUCGACACUUAGGCGUCGCUAUGAAGUUCGCGGACAUAGAGUACUCUGCUAAGGUUAGCGGGGUUGUAAAGGCAGGAAAGUCAAUCAAUACCCUAGAAGAAUUGCUUGACCGUGACAUACAACAGAAUACUAUUAAGCUCCAAAGUAGUGGUUCGAGAUUACUCAUCAGAGUGAAGCGUUCACUUGAGAUGCUUAAGAUAAUAUUCGAGCGAAGUAUGGCCUCAAGCGGAAAUUCUCUCAUGGAUCCGGUUAACACAGCAUAUAAACAAGUUUUUUACCCCUACCACGGAUGGGCUAGUAGAAAGACUGUUGCGGGUGCACUGCAAACCCUUCCUACAAAGUCACUGUUCAUCAAAAGGCUAAAAUUAGAUGAGGCAUCGGCUUUUGUUCAGAUGCAGAGGAUGGUUACUGCAGUGGCUCCUCUAAUACACUACAUUGACAACUUAUUUCUUUCAAGGGAGUCAGCUAAAGAGAUGCUACGCUUGCUUUGAUCGAUUUUUGUCUUUCGCAUGCUUGCAUUUUUACAAAUGUUUUGAUUUCCGUAUUUCAUAUGUAUAGUACGAUUGAAUAUCAGUGUGAUGACUUAUAAGGAUUGUUAAUUUGAUUGGGUUUUAAUUAUGAUAAUUUUCGUUUUCCCAUA